AUGUACCUUUGCGUGAGAGAAUUGGCUGCUCAGUUGCUAAAGUUUCCAAUAUUUGUCACAUGUUUUACACAGUUUCAUGCAUUUAUUCAGUCAAUAAGUAUGUUAGCUUAUUUCCAUUCUGCUGUCGUAUUGGUUUGGCCUCAAAUUGUCUUGUUUAUGUAUCCAAAAGGUGAACUGUCCCUUAGUUCAAACAAUCAUGUAUUGAUCCAGUUUUCCUGUUCUUGUCUGAUGACCAGCUUUGCUUUAAUACUGCCAUCUGUAAUCAAUUCAAAUACGACUAGUUGUGAAAUGUACACACAGUCUAGGAGUAUUGGCAAACUUGGCUUUUUACUUUUAGUCUGGACUAUUAACUCUAGACAACUGGAACUUAAUUUACCUGGGGUCCUAGUUUACGUCGCAACAAUACCAACUCUAAUUUGUUCGGCAAUGUGGAUGAUCUGCGCUUUCAUCUUGUUAUUCUCCAUGCAAACAUUUUCACUUUGCUUGAAAAGCAUUUUAGUUUAUCUACUUAAAGGUGUAGUUGUUCCCAACCUUCUAAUUCUUUCAUGUUCUUUUUAUUUAUUGGUGUCGAUAAAUAUAUUCCCUUCUAAUUUGGCUGCAUACUUGAUGUUAUCAGUCUACAUAUCAUGUAUAGUUACUCUUAUUCUUUGGGAUACAAAUGAUCAUCGAAUAGCUGGUCUGCUUCAUUGUCCGUCUACUGACUACCACGCUGCAACAAUGAAGUACACAACUAAUAAUAGAAACAGUGACUUCUCUUUACCAUUCUAUAAAUCAAAUAAACCCAUGUCAUAUUCGGCAAAUAAACCUGAACCUGGUCAGUCAGCUGUUCCAGAUAUCUACUGCCAUCUGUUUGUUAGGUUGAUUGUGUUAUGCUGUGGAUUAGUGUGUUCUUUUGGUUUACCCAUUUAUCUCACGUACCCUAUGCGGGUUCCAAUAGAAACUGUUUGCCAGUUGUAUUCGUUAGUUUCACUGCAAAUAUUCUGUAUUGCACAAAUUUCUGUUGGAUAUCCACAACGAUGGCUUUGUGACAAAAUUCAGUGUCGAUCUGUUCGACUUUUCAACAAUGGUUCCAACGGAGUUUUAUACCUAAUCUUAGUGUGUUUAGUUAAUUUUUGUGUCAUUUUGGCAGUUAUCCUUCGUCUUCAGUUUUGCCCAAGUUUUACAACAGAUAUAGAGAAGAUCAUCCAACUUUUAGUGUCUGUUGUUGGAAUUGGAAUUAGUUUACGAUUGAUGUUUUAUUUAAUUGAACAAAUUAAUCCAACACUAAAAGAAAAACGAGAAUGUCGAAAACGUGCUGAAGCAAUUUUUAAAAACAUUGGAUUGAAAAAAACACCUUGUUUGAAUGACUACGAGGCAUGUUUGGAUUCUGUUAUUAACGAGAUUGAGGAGUGUGUACUUCAGCCAUUAAAAAUCAAGCAUUCUCUACCAGUUAAUUCGCGGUUAUUGAGACCACCGAAAGGGAUUUUACUUUACGGACCACCUGGUUGUGGAAAAACACUACUUGCUCGUGCUAUGGCACGUGCUGCACAUGCUAAUUUUAUCAAUCUUCAGAUAGCCACCCUUGUAAAUAUGUGGUAUGGUGAAACACAAAAGUAUGUAGAGGCCACAUUCAGUCUAGCUGAAAAAAUACAACCAACUAUUAUAUUUAUAGAUGAAUUAGAUUCAUUCUUAACCACACGUUCUCAAAUGGAUAAUGAAGCCACACGGAUGAUAAAAACUCAGUUUAUGGCUUUGUGGGAUGGAUUAUUAACACAGGACAAUACACAAAUAAUAAUUGUUGGCGCAACAAAUAGACCUGGAGACUUAGAUCAAGCAAUAUUACGACGUCUGCCGUAUAAGAUAAAAGUUCCACUUCCUAAUACAAACCAGAGAAAUCAUAUUCUGAAAGUACUGCUUAAAGAUGAUCAAGUUGCUAAAGCACUCUCUGAAGAUGAUCUUAAACAGAUUGCUGACAAAACUGAAGGCCUUUCUGGAAAUGAUUUAUCUGAAUUAUGUCGCGAAGCAGCUUUUAUUUGUCUGCGGUCUCUUCGUACAGGUGAUGUGCAAACUGAUUUGAUGCUCACUGUAGAUCACUUUACACAAGCCCUUCAAAAAUAUAUGAAUCAUAGAAUCAAACCUGAACCUGUGGACAGUUCAAUUUCUCAUUGUCCAUGUGAUGAACAAACGGCAAGUGAUAAAAAAUGGAGUAGGAGGAGAAAUACUGGAAAAUGUCUCCUCUAGAUACUUGCAUAUGACGUAAUUCAAAUGGUCUGUAUUCAGUGUCAUGGCUCACUUCCGAAUACAUGACGACGUAGACCUACUAACCAACUUAUUCGAUCAAAUAAUUUAAAAAUUUCCAGCAGAUAUAUUUUUAAACUUUUACCUAAUAUUUUGGUACCCAAGCUUCAUCAGUUCUGAAGCAUGCCUCCACUGUGAUAAGUAAUAUUUUAAUCCGUUAUCUCUGUCUUAACGAAAUCUGAUUUCAUUAUUUGUAGCUUAUCCAUAAACAAGCUGAUACUGUAGUUCUUUCUGGGGCUCAUCUAAUUGUUAUUUUAUGCUUCAACAAGUUAAAAGGAAUAUGUUUCUUUCCAUGUUUUGUUUCCUUGGACUAACAUUCGUUCAUCACCUUCAUCAGGGGAUAAAUUGUUUGCCUGCUGACCUUUUUAAUCAAUUUGAAAUUCGUUGUUCCCGUGACAUUCCUUCAUACAUGAUCGAUUUAAACCGACAUAAUACUGUUGAAGACAUUUUCCUAACAGUAAGAUAACGUCUGGUUUUUUGCAAUCACUAUCUUUUUUUGACCGAGUUUAUAAAUUAUAGAUGUCUGUUAUUUUGUAUCUCAAUAUAUUCACUUUUUAUGAAUAGACAUUAUCAGUUACAUAACUAUCGGAAAUGUAUGUGUGGAACCAUUUUUUCUUUUUCAUUCUCUAUCUUGAUAGCACGCAUAGUUUCCCUUCAGGAUGUAAAUAACCUUCAGGCUUCCAGACAAUUUUUUUAGUAAACUACAGCAAAGAAUUUUAAACUCCAACACCAACUGAAAUUUAAUUGACUCAUGGUUUAGAAGAACUUGUUCUUCAGUACCAAUUUAACUUCUGUUCCCGUAUAGCAGACCGGGGCUUCGGGUCCUACAUGCAUACAUAAUCAGAGCGCAAAUAUGUUAAGCAAUAACCGGUAAAGGCUACAUACAAUAGCAGCUUUUUGAAUUUUUAAUUUAUCUUAGUGAACUAUGUUUUCUGUUCCAAUAACGUCACUAAGUUUAUGCCUGUUACAAGUCCAAUUUUAUUAUACAGCGUAUUUUGACGAUGUGCUACUUAAAUUAAUGACUACACUACAAGCACUACCAGAUUCAUACAUAUAAGAUUAAUAUGAUCGCACUUCAUAGUUUAAACCCAAAUUAUAAGACUGUGGUUUACAUCUCCAUCAGGAAAUAUCAUUUUACAUAGGAAACAUUCAUUGAUUUUGUUACAGUUAUGAUUCCUGAGAAUUUAAGUCCAUACUUUAUGCCAUGACUUUUUCAGGCGAGCUCUUUUCCCUUCUUCGAACAGUUAUGAUGUUUUCUAUA